AUGGGCUGGAGCCGAGCCAGGACGAUCCAAGUCGCUGGAGCUGGACCGGACUGGACGAACACGGUCCGGAAGGGCCGGACCAGGUCCGAAUUCGACGCGGUCACAGCAGAGGCGGACGCAUCUUUGCCAUCGGAUAAAACCCAGUGUGCACUGCAGGGACUCGGAGGCUCCUCCCUUAGCAUCUUUGUACUCUACACUCCUUACCACAUAUCCGAAUACACCAUGCCUGAAUCUCUUCGACGCGUGCUCGUUACGGGAGGCGCAGGUUACAUUGGUUCCCAUGUGAUAUACUCCCUGCAAGACACGCGUCGCUACAAGGUGAUUUCGGUGGACAACCACCACAAUUCAACCCCCAAGUCCCUCGUUCGGGUUGCCGAGCUCGCGCGCAGCAACCUUCCAGCGGAUGCGUCGGAGCAGGACAAGGACAGCGCGGAGAUUGACGCGUUUGCAGCUGACUUGACGAAGCCGGAGGAGGUCCGCAAGGUCUUCGAACGCUAUGGCAAGGGCGGGAUCUGGGGCGUAGUCCACAUUGCUGCAUACAAAGCAGUUGGGGAGUCCACGGAGAUCCCCCUCACAUAUUAUGCGAAUAAUGUCGGGGCGACCAUCACUCUUCUCCAGAUCAUGGCUGAAUUCGACUGCACUCGCAUCGUCUACUCGUCCAGCGCGACUGUAUACGGUACACCCCCAAUAAUCCCUAUCCCAGAAACGACGCGGUUAGAAGCGCAGAGCCCUUAUGGCAAGACAAAGAUCAUGUGUGAAACCGUUAUUGAGGACCUCUGCAAUGCGGAGCCGAAGACUUGGCGGGCGCUUUCUUUGCGAUACUUCAAUCCUGCUGGUGCGCACCCCUCUGGCCAAAUUGGGGAGGAUCCGAGAGGUCGUCCGGGCAACCUGCUCCCUCUGUUGGCGCACAUGGCGAUCGGACGCGUCAAGGAUCCCAAACUGAACGUUUUCGGCAAUGAUUAUCCGACACCUGACGGGACCUGUGUGCGGGACUAUCUGCAUGUGCUAGAUCUUGCGAAGGGACAUUUGCUUGCCCUUGAUGCGCUCGCCCCCCAGUCGAAGGUGUUUGAUAACUGCCCAGGCGAAGGGCGAUACAAGGCGUACAACCUUGGUAAGGGCAAAGGGAUGAGCGUGCUGCAGAUUGUCGAUGCGAUGCGCAAGGCAACUGCGUAUGACUAUAAGUACGAGAUAAUUGGUAGGAGGAAGGGCGACGUUCCGGAUCUCACCGCGGACCCUGCUCUUGCGGAGCGAGAACUCGGGUUCAAGGCUCAGCAGACGCUGGAGACGAUGUGCAGGGACCUGUGGAACUGGCAGACGAAGAAUCCUAACGGGUAUGACGGAGAUGGCUCCGUCGGCUUCGGUAUCUUUUGGAGUAAUACAGCUGAUCGCUCCACCGGCUCUGUGGUCAUGUUGCGCUAG